AUGGCAUUUGGUGGUGGCGGAUAUGCGAUAAGUCGACCUUUGGCUAAGGCUUUAGCUGGUGUUUUGGAUUCUUGUUUGAUGCGGUACCCAAAUCUCUAUGGUAGUGAUGCUAGAAUUUUCUCUUGCUUGGCGGAGCUUGGCGUAAGUUUAACACAUGAACCUGGUUUUCACCAAGAUGAUUUAUGGGGAAAUCUAUUUGGAUUACUUUCAUCGCAUCCAUUAUCACCAUUAAUAUCUCUUCAUCAUGUAGAAAGAAUGCAAUCAAUUUUCCCCAACAUGACAAAAAUUCAAGCUCUGAAACAUUUAUUCAAAGCUGCUAAUGCUGAUCCUACAAGAAUAUCACAACAAACUAUUUGCUACGACCGAAACAAUUCACUAUCUAUUUCAGUGGCUUGGGGUUAUGCUAUACAAGUUUAUGAGGGUAACAUUAAGCUUCCUGAUCUUAUUACAGUGCUAAGGACAUUUGAACCAUGGGAUAAAGACAAGAAACGACCACGUUUUAUGUUUAGGACAAGGGUUGAGUCUAAUGAUCCAUGCAAGAAAAUGGUCGCCUUCUUAAAAAGUGUGGAUUCUUAUGGAAAUAAUGUUUGGACCAAUUAUGCGAGGUAUAGAGUUGGGAAAACUUGUGCAAAAGAUGGCAAUAAAAUCAAGAAUUUGGAAGAGAUAAGAGUCUUCUCUCGCAAGUUGGAUGCAGAUACUAGACAGAGUCAAUUAGGCUUAAGUGACUGGAAUUGGUUAAAAUCUGCAAGUGGUGAAUUCAUUUAUAAACACGUUUACAGUAGUUGA